GGUCUGUUGUUUUUCGCUUAGCAGACGUUUACGCGAUUUCCAUGGUUUCGAUCAGUUUUGUUAAAACGCUCGCGUUUGAAAGUUUGUUAGUAAGCGAGCGCGCGAAGUUCAAAGUUACGGUCCAUUGACAACUUUAUAAUUUUGCGGACUUAUCCGGCCUGUCAUCAUCAUCAUGAUGGGGAACCGAUAAUCGUCGCCAGAGUGGAUGCCAAUCGACUAUCGUCACCGACUUUGGCAAACGGUGGAGGGAUCGUCCGAAAAGUGAGGCACCCCCCGUUGGGAAAUCUGUGUUCUAUGCAACAUUACGAAAGAACUACAACGAAAAAAAGAUUGGAUCGACUAUCGAAAUCAGGGAAAAUCUAGUUCAAAUGAGGAGGAGUGUCAUUAAAAAUCUGUUGGGUACUUGAUCAUCGUUAUUGCGUGCGUGUACGUACACACAGUGAUAGACAUAACAGCGGGACAGUAAUAGUACGGCAGUGACAUUAACAACUACUCAAACAUAAUUUAGAUACAUCACAAGCACAGAACAUAGAUACAUAUCAAACGCAUUGGCAGAUUUUCCAGUUGAAUUUUUACAUUUUACCAAGAUAGUUUGAUAUCAGAGGCGAAUAGAACGUUAGAUACAUUGGAGAAGUUGCGAGCUUUUUUCCGAGGUCUUUCACCGGGCACACGGUGGAGUUUUGUUUCGAUUUUUCCGGGUAGUUUUUGGAAAUUAGAGUUUUUAGAAAAUUCAUUAUUUUUCAUGAUUUACAAACGAGUGUUCUUAGCUUUUGUGUUUUGACGAAAAAAAGCGGAUAAGAAACGGUGAAACGAGUGAUGCUACAAUGAUUGAGUUGUUCAGGAAGCAGUGAUAGUGGUUGUGCGAACAAAUUAAACAAGAAAGAGUGAGAAUUGAGUUGGGAAAGUAUUAUAAGGAUUAGUGGAAUUAAAAGGUAGCAGAAAUGCGGCUAAUCAGGCUAGCUGCGUCCGCGAUUCUAGUGUUGGGUCUGGUGACAUCAGCCUCUUCAGAACUAUCAACGAAAGAGAAAAUCAGGAUUCAUAGAGAAUGGCUAGAGAAAAAGGCUGGAUAUAAAUUUCAAAAUAGCACACCCAAAAAAACAUUUUUCUGGCGAACAAUAAAACCGAAAAACGAAACGAACACCAACAGUACUAACAACACAACAGUCACAAGUAGCUCUACAAAUCACACCCUUCCGCUGGAGAGACCACUUCAGUCGGCUAAUGUGAUACACGAUAUCCUGAAUAAAUCGACACCAAGUAAUCAUUCAACACAACCGAAUCGCAAUCAACCCCUUUCAAACGAUGUUUACCCUGAACUCGAUACUCAAACAAUUCCCACAACUGCAACAAUUGACGUAACCUCGCCGGAUGUUGGCUACAAAACUAAUAAAGUUGUCACGGAAGCUGCACCAACGACUCCUUUCAUUCAAAGUGUUACAAAAACGAAACCUACAAUUACAAGCACCACGAAGGAUAUUGCACAAACGCGCACCACAAUUAAUCCUGUUGUUGAGGCCAACCGAACUGACAUGCAUGACGCUGAAACCGCGAGUCCUGUUGUUGCAACAACCGCAAUAACUGAUACGAUUAAAGCGAAUUUAACAAUGACGAAACCAAUUAAGAGACCUCGAAUCAGAAAAUUUCCGCACUGGGGUCCUUGGAGUAAAUGGUCGGAAUGUUCAAGAUCCUGCGGUACCGGUGUUAUGUUUCAGCAAAGGAAAUGCAUUGGAAGACGAGCAUCGAAUCCAACGAAGCGUGUUAUUAGUCGCGGAUGUGCCGGUCUGUUCCGUAGAUAUCGUCUUUGUAAUGAACAGGAAUGUCCUGUUCAAGUGGAUUUUCGUCAACAGCAGUGCACAGCCUACGAUGAGCAUCUAUUUCAGGGCAAACGAUAUAUCUGGGAGCCGUAUAUUAAGGACGAUGCCGAGUGCGAGCUCAAUUGCAAGCCAGUCGGGUUGAAUUACUUCGCCACCUUGAACAGCACCGUGAUUGAUGGCACACCUUGCUCCCGUCCGGCGGAAUACUACAGAAAGAAUUACAGAGGACGAGCCGUUUGCGUCGAUGGAAUUUGUAAGGCCAUUCAUGCAAGUGGUGUCAUUACUGGGUCAUUCGCAAACAGUGGAACGGUGCCUUGUGGUGGAUUAAUAUGCCGACCAAUUUCUGGAAUAUUCACAAAGGAUCCACUUCCAAGUGGAUAUGUUCAUGUCGCAACUAUUCCAGCAGGUGCUUCAAAUAUUUCCAUAACUGAGCUGAGGAAUAGCAUCAACUACUUAGUGCUAAAAUCCAGUGAUCAAAAAUUCGUGAUUAAUGGCGAUUAUUCUGUCUCAUCGAGCGGAGUGUACGAAGCUGGAGGAGCCAUAUUUGAAUAUCAACGUAUUGAUGGUUUGAAACCUAAGAAAAAUGGUGAGAAAGUGGAAGGAGUUACUGAGUGGAUUACAUGUACCGGGCCAACAAUGGAGGCUGUUCAUUUGAUGGUCCUUGGGCAAGAUCCAAAUCCGGGGAUCAAAUACGAAUAUCUUCUUCCGCUUUACUCAAACAGCGAAUCCGAUGAAGACUUUCUCGACUCAACUAUUUCUGGUGAAGCUGACUACACAGUUGGUUCUUCCGAAGAUGGUCACAUUGCGUUGAAAUCAGGAGAUAUGUAUCCUGAUUUGACUUCUAAUCGUCCAGUAGAACGACGUAAACGUCGCUUUAUGUGGAAAGUUGUUGGUUUCAGUCCUUGUAGUAAGUCAUGUAGUGGUGGAACCCAAACUCCUAUAAUUCGUUGUGUCCGGGAAGCUCCAACUAGGUACUUUUCUCCAAGAAGAUGUGCUCAUUCCGAGAAGCCUGUGUUGAACGAAAACAUACUUCGAUGCAAUACCCAACCUUGUCCUGCUUAUUGGAGAUUGGAGGAUUGGGGUGAUUGCAACUGCGCUGAAAGUGAAGGUUACAGACAAAGGGAAGUCCGAUGUGUUCAAGAGUUGGCAGCUGGAAUUGUGAUCCAAGUGAAUAACGCAGCUUGUAUGGAGGAGGAACCACAGACUAAAAAACGAUGCGAUUGCCCGAAAGUUGGAGUUCGCCGUCGAGGACACCGCCAAAGAUUGCAUGAAGCUCGAGCUUCAGAAUAUUUGGUAACGAAUAGUUCGGCACAAAGACGUUAUUCACCCUAUGAGAGUGACAAAGGCGGGGUGUGGUUGAUGUCUGACUGGAAUCAACACUGCUCCGUUGAAUGUGGAAGUGGUCUGGAAUAUCGGUCCAUAUUUUGCGAUCGGUCACCUCCAAAUACUGAUCGAUGCGACUUGAGAACGACUCCUGAUACGACGAGGGUCUGUGAGAAUGAGAAGAACUGUGGAAGUGGUGAAUGGUUUACGAGUCCUUGGAGCCAAUGCAAUGGUGACUGUUUCAAUUUGACCAGGACACGAGAAGUGAUUUGCAUUAGGAGUCAGUUGAUUGUUGAUGACGAAGAGUGUGAGCCUGAGGAGAAACCCAUUGCCUUGAAGAAUUGUACCUCGGACGAGGUUGAGUACUGCAAGCCAAGGUGGCAUUAUUCGGAAUGGACAGAGUGUACAAAAACCUGCGAUGGUGGCACUCAACGACGGUCAGUUAAAUGUCUGGAAUUGGAUUUGCGGGAGAAUACCUUGAAAGAAUCCAAGAAAUGUCGUUAUGCUGAGCGCGAACCAAUCUACCGCGGUUGUAACACACAUAAGUGUGAAGACCCACGCGUUGAUCUCAUUCAGAAUGAUAUACAGCCAACUUGCGUUGAUGAAUUCUCUAAUUGCCAUAGAGUCGCAAAUUCUCCGUUGUGCAGUUACGACUAUUAUCGGAAGACAUGUUGCUAUUCUUGCAGUACCACAGAUUUGGAUAGCCUUUAAUAAUUAAUUUUGAUUACCAAAUUACAAAUUACUUAUUUAAUUUUAUAUUUGUUAGUUUAUCUUUUGUCAUGAUUACUUUUCUAAGGAUAAGCUGAGGAGUAAUUAGCAUUUAUAAGGUUUCGAAGAGGAUCCCUUUCAUAAGGCGAUAACUGAAUUAUAUUCUGUUGUUAUUCGAUUCGUAGUAGAAUUUCAUAAAUUACAUUUUAUUUACAAAAAUGGUAAAUAAUUUGGCAGUUGUGUUCACAGGAGAGAAGUCUCGUGCUUCGCAUUUAAUCCUUAUUCAUUUCUGCUGCAUUUUCCCAGAAUAAUUUUCAAAUCUCGCUUAAUUUUCGAAACUGAAAAGAUAAAAUGCACAAAUAAAACUUCAAAACUAUUUUUAAUAUAAAAAAUUAGUUGUAGUUUUUUGUAUUAAAGUCUCCUAAGCAAAUUAGUAAUAUAAUUGAGAAAUGCUAUCUUAGUUGCUUUCGCAUUAAUUCUUAAGGAGAAAACAUGCUUUCGUCUUAUGUGUAUUUCCAUAUUAUUUAUUCAAUUUAUACGAUUUGCAAAGUCGAUUCUAUUCCAAAGGACGUAAAUUAGUUUAGUAAUUAUUCUAAAUACUAUUUGUAUUCAUUUCCGCUAAACAAAAAUUUCACUGAAACGGAAAACAUCGCGUAAAUAAUAAUGAAUAGUAAUAGAUACUAUUUGCUUGUAGCAACCAAAGCUUAAAUAUUGUUUUUUUGAGAAAGGAAAGGAUUUCAUUGAAAGAUGAGUACGUUCACUGUAGAAGUAAGAACCUUCUUAAAUGAUAAUUUCUGAAAAAAAACAUGUACUAUUGUUGAUAUACUAAUAAUUUUAACGUAUCAUUUACUAAAUAUAACGUUAAGUUAGAACACUUGA